AGCGCUUCGGCCGCCCAGCCCAUCCCCGAGCCCGGCAGCGGCUGCAGCGUCGGUUCUCGGCAGGCACACGGCGAGCCGGGCGCACACGCGGGAGCUGCGGGAGGCAGAGUAGAGUGGAGCCGCCCCGUUGUCGCCGCUCCCUCCCCGAGGCCGGCACCUCCGAUCGGCGUCGCUGCUCCGUCCUCGCCGGGCCGACCCUCCCGCGGCUGCCCUCGCUCCUCGGUCGCCUCCCCGGGCGCAGCGCGCACCCACCCGGCGCCAAAGUUGCGACUGCUGCCCCGCGCGCGCUGCGAGCGGCGGCCGCGCCAACUUCCCAGCCCACGCCGCCCGGGUCCCCGCGGUCCCCCGCCUCCAGCCCCGGCGGCGCGCGGGGCAGAGCUUAGGUGGCGGCGGCGGCCGAGGUGGCGGCGAAAGCGGCGGCGGCAGCGGCGGCGGCGGCCGCUGCAGCCUCACACUCAGUCGCCAAGCUGGAGGAGCGACGGAAGCCCGACCCCAGGAGGAUGGAGGAUGAAGCUGUCCUGGACAGAGGGGCUUCGUUCCUUAAACAUGUGUGUGAUGAAGAAGAAGUAGAAGGCCACCACACCAUCUACAUUGGGGUCCACGUGCCCAAGAGUUACCGGAGAAGGAGACGUCACAAGAGAAAGGCAGGGCACAAGGAAAAGAAGGAAAAGGAAAGAAUCUCUGAGAACUACUCAGACAAAUCUGAUGUGGAAAACGCCGAUGAGUCCAGCAGCAGCAUCCUCAAGCCACUCAUCUCUCCUGCCGCAGAACGCAUCCGAUUCAUCUUGGGAGAGGAAGAUGACAGUCCCGCGCCGCCUCAGCUCUUCACUGAACUCGAUGAGCUGCUGGCUGUGGAUGGACAGGAGAUGGAAUGGAAGGAGACAGCGAGGUGGAUUAAGUUUGAAGAAAAAGUGGAGCAGGGUGGGGAACGAUGGAGCAAACCCCAUGUGGCCACGCUGUCCCUGCACAGCUUGUUUGAGCUGAGGACCUGUAUGGAGAAAGGAUCCAUCAUGCUUGACCUGGAGGCAUCUUCUCUCCCGCAGCUGGUGGAGAUGAUUGCUGACCACCAGAUCGAGGCAGGACUAUUGAAGCCUGACCUUAAGGAUAAGGUCACAUAUACUUUGCUCCGGAAACACCGGCAUCAAACCAAGAAGUCCAACCUUCGGUCCCUGGCUGACAUCGGGAAAACUGUCUCCAGUGCAAGUAGGAUGUUCACCAACCCUGAUAAUGGUAGCCCAGCCAUGACCCAUAGGAAUCUGACAUCCUCCAGUCUGAAUGACAUUUCUGAUAAACCGGAGAAGGACCAGCUGAAGAAUAAAUUUAUGAAAAAACUGCCACGUGAUGCAGAAGCUUCCAACGUGCUCGUUGGGGAGGUUGACUUCUUGGAUACUCCCUUCAUUGCUUUUGUUCGGCUACAGCAGGCUGUCAUGCUGGGUGCUCUGACUGAGGUCCCUGUGCCCACAAGGUUCUUGUUCAUUCUCUUAGGUCCAAAGGGGAAAGCCAAGUCCUACCAUGAGAUUGGAAGAGCCAUCGCCACCUUGAUGUCUGACGAGGUGUUCCAUGACAUUGCUUACAAAGCAAAAGAUAGGCAGGACCUGAUUGCUGGCAUUGAUGAGUUCCUAGACGAAGUCAUUGUCCUUCCACCUGGGGAAUGGGACCCAGCAAUCAGGAUAGAACCUCCAAAAAGUCUCCCAUCAUCUGACAAAAGGAAGAAUAUGUACUCGGGUGGAGAGAACAUCCAGAUGAAUGGGGACACACCUCAUGAUGGAGGACAUGGAGGAGGAGGACACGGUGACUGUGAAGAACUACAGAGAACUGGCCGGUUCUGUGGUGGAUUAAUUAAGGACAUAAAGAGGAAAGCACCAUUUUUUGCCAGUGACUUUUAUGAUGCUUUAAAUAUUCAGGCUCUUUCGGCAAUUCUCUUCAUUUAUCUGGCAACGGUAACCAACGCCAUCACUUUUGGAGGACUGCUCGGGGAUGCCACUGACAACAUGCAGGGUGUGUUGGAGAGUUUCCUGGGAACCGCUGUCUCUGGAGCCAUCUUUUGCCUUUUUGCUGGUCAACCUCUCACCAUUUUGAGCAGCACAGGACCUGUUUUGGUAUUUGAGAGGCUUCUGUUUAAUUUCAGCAAGGACCAUAAUUUUGACUACUUGGAGUUUCGCCUUUGGAUCGGCUUGUGGUCAGCCUUCAUGUGUCUCAUUCUGGUGGCCACUGAUGCCAGCUUCCUGGUCCAGUACUUCACUCGUUUCACGGAAGAAGGUUUCUCCUCUCUGAUCAGCUUCAUCUUCAUCUAUGAUGCUUUCAAGAAGAUGAUCAAGCUAGCGGACUACUAUCCUAUCAACUCCGACUUCAAAGUGGGGUACAACACUUACUUCUCCUGCGCUUGCCUGCCGCCCUACCCAGUUAAUCUCUCAGUAUCUAAUGAUACUACACUAGCCCCAGAAGACCUGCCAACAGUUGCUUCUACUGACAUGUACCACAAUGCUACCUUUGACUGGGCCUAUUUGUCAAAGAAGGAGUGUUUGAAAUACGGAGGCAAGCUUGUGGGAAACAAUUGUGAUUUUGUUCCUGAUAUCACACUCAUGUCCUUCAUCCUGUUCCUGGGCACUUACACCUCUUCAAUGGCUAUGAAAAAAUUCAAAACUAGUCGUUAUUUCCCAACAACGGCAAGAAAGCUGAUCAGUGAUUUUGCCAUUAUCUUGUCUAUCCUCAUGUUCUGUGUAAUAGAUGCUCUAGUAGGUGUGGACACUCCAAAACUAAUUGUGCCAAGCGAGUUCAAGCCAACAAGUCCUAACCGGGGUUGGUUUGUCCCACCGUUUGGAGGAAACCCCUGGUGGGUGUACCUUGCUGCUGCUAUCCCGGCUUUGUUAGUCACCAUUCUGAUUUUCAUGGACCAGCAAAUCACGGCUGUGAUUGUGAACAGGAAAGAACAUAAGCUCAAGAAGGGAGCUGGGUAUCACCUGGACCUGUUUUGGGUCGCCAUCCUCAUGGUGGUGUGCUCCUUCAUGGCUCUUCCCUGGUAUGUGGCUGCCACUGUCAUCUCCAUUGCUCACAUUGACAGUCUGAAGAUGGAGACAGAGACUUCUGCACCUGGAGAACAACCGAAGUUUCUCGGAGUCAGGGAACAAAGAGUCACUGGAACCCUUGUAUUUAUUCUGACUGGCCUGUCCGUCUUCAUGGCUCCCAUCUUGAAGUUUAUCCCCAUGCCCGUUCUCUACGGCGUGUUCCUGUAUAUGGGGGUGGCCUCACUUAACGGUGUGCAGUUCAUGGACCGUCUCAAGCUGCUUCUGAUGCCCCUGAAGCAUCAGCCUGACUUCAUCUACCUGCGCCACGUCCCCCUGCGUCGCGUUCAUCUCUUCACCUUCCUGCAGGUGUUGUGCCUGGCUCUACUCUGGAUCCUCAAGUCAACAGUGGCUGCUAUUAUUUUCCCAGUCAUGAUCUUGGCACUUGUAGCUGUCAGAAAAGGUAUGGACUACCUCUUCUCCCAGCACGACCUCAGCUUCCUUGAUGAUGUCAUUCCAGAAAAGGACAAGAAAAAGAAAGAGGAUGAGAAGAAAAAGAAAAAGAAGAAAGGAAGUUUAGAUAGCGACAAUGAUGAUGAGAAAGAUCAUCAACAUUCCUUGAACGCCACACAUCAUGCUGAUAAAAUUCCUUUCCUUGAGUCGCUGGGUAUACCAAGUCCUCCUAGAACUCCAGUGGAAGUUGUGCCUCAAAUUAGAAUAGAACUUGAGCCUGAAGACAAUGAUUAUCCCUGGAGGAACAAGGGAACAGAAACUACAUUGUAACCUGUUUGUCUUUCUCAAAACUGACACUUUUGUUAACCGUUCUAACUUUUUCCCUUUCUUUUUUCGUCCAUGUAUUUUAAUACUUUUGUCUGGUCACUGGCUGAAUAAUACAGUCACUCUCUCCACUUCUCUCUUGCAUAGGUAAAAUCAAGAUAAUAGUGUCCCUUUCCUUUAAAAAAAAAAGCAAAAACAAAAACACACAAAGCACCUGAGGGAUCAUACUUUUGUUUCCAGGUGUUCAGAUGUCCUCUGACAUGUAAAUCCCUGUCACUCAAGACACACACAGAAGCUGCCCUUGUCAAGCAGCGAUCAAAAGUAUUAAGAAUUUUGUACAACCUUUUAUGAAACUGUUGAAGGAACUCAUGACCUAAACUUAGAGCUGUGCUUAUUGACUUGCCAUUGUCUGGUAGAACAGCCCUUGACCUCCAGACAGAGUCCCUUCCUGCUUACAGAGCCCCCAAGACUGGAAAAGUGCUGCUACCCACCUGCCCUUGCUGUCAACCCUGAUCUUACAGUUACCAAAAGCAGAAAACUCUAAUGGUACUUCACUCCCUGUUAGAGAAACCUUUGCCAUCAUUGUAGCAAGUGCUGGAAUGUCCCUUUUUCCUAUGCAACUUUUUUUAACCCUUUAAUGAACUUAUCUGUUGAGUACAUUGAAGAAUAUUUUUCUUCCUAGAUUUUGUUGUUUAAAUUAUGGGGCCUAACCUGCAACUUAUUUUUUGUCAAUUUUUUUAACUUUUUUUUAAUUACUGUAAAGAAAAAAUGAAUUUUUCCUGCAGCAGGAAACAUAGUUUUGAGUAGUUCUACCUCUUACCUGUAGCUGCCAGGCUUUCUGUAAAAAUUGUAUUGUAUAUAAUGUGAUUUUUACACACACACACACACACACACACACACACACACACUAUGGUAAGCCAGAAGGCUAGAACAAAUUAAAAGAAAAACGAAACAUCAUGUUUCUAAGAAUCUGUUGGGUUGUUGUUUUUUCCCCUUUCUUCAAAAUAAAUGUAACUGUUCUGUGAAGGAGUCUGGGGAGAGAAACACGUGGAAGAGGGGUAACUUCUGCUGUGAUGAUGGUCAUGCUGGGGGCAGAUGCUGGUGUGUUACAUGUUGAUGUCCUAUGCAGUGUUGUUAGAGAUCUCCUCAUUUUAAUAAUUUGUGUGCUUGUGUAUAAGCUCUGUGUGUGGCUGUUGCACACUUGUGCAAAGCCAGAUAAAAAGUGACAGUAGACAGAGCCAAAGUUAUCAAGCCCUUUGUGUCCAUUUUCAUAAAACCCAAACCACUCAUGAAAGAUAUGUCAGGGGCCAAGAAAUCUAUCAUAUAAAUUCAGGUGAAUAUGUCUUAUUAAUGACUCAGACAUCAGUCAGCAUCACAGAUAUCACAUAUUUACAGUACAAAAGCCCUAAGAAUCUUAACAGCCCUAUCUCACAUCUGUAAUGGGAAGAAAGCACAUAGAUCUCCAAAGACAGUUUAAAGUUCUUAUUUACAUGCAUUCGUAGAACAAGGUGGUUGGAUCACUCAGAAUAGAUGUGUGUGUAUAUGUACGUGGUUCAUCAUACUGUGUUGAAUAAUUAGACCUUUAUUGGACAGACUGAGUGUGGUGUUUGAUUGCACUGUUUUUAGUAAGUCACAUUAUAUACCAAGUGUAUAUUAAAAUAACAGUUUAGAUGUGAAGUCCACACUUUGGGAUUGUUAUAACAACAGUUGUGAUGCACACUCACUGUCAGAGGUUGCUAGAGAGGCAAAACUGAACCACUCUGAUUCUGUGGUGUGCUUUUACAGAGCCCCACUUUCUUAUCAUAACUAAAAAAAAUUCUGCUUUCCUGAAAUGUUGAGGGUAAGGGUUCUAUUAUCCUAAGUUAUCUGUGACUUUUACAGUAUUUGGUCAUCUUGAAAGUUUUAAAUUGCAUAGAAAUUAGGUAUAAAUGACAUCAUAAAUAAUGCUAUCACUGAAACGAUAGCAGGAAAUGACAUGUUAUUUGUUAACAUCUCAGGUGAUACAUUUUACAGCACAUUUGUAAUGGUUGCUGUGUAUUCCCUAGUUUUCCAUUAAACCACAUAAGCCGUCUUACCUUUUUAGUGAUGGAAACAUCAGGAAAGCAUGCAAAGUCAUGCAUAGUAAAGGCGUCAAUCUUGAUGUUCAAUCAAAGCCACUUUGUUUACUUUUCUGAAAUCUCUGGAUAUAUAUAUAUGUACAUAUAUAUAUUCUAAUUAUGAAUCAAGUUUAUUUAGAGAUUCAUGGUCUUCUUUAUCCUUUUCAGAGAGCUCCUGAAGUAACCUAAGUCAUAAUUCAGGCUUUGAGUAGAUCUUGAAGUGAUCCAUCCCUAGUCUUUGACCAGAGUGGAUGGUUACUAUUCACAAAAGGAACAUAAAGCCAUACCUUACAUUUGCUACAAGGAAUAGUUAGCACCAAGCCCUCUCAUCGCUCCGUAGUUCCCACACUAACAAGCAGAACUCCCCAAUCUCCAUGGAAACCCACAUUAUCUGAACCUGGCUGAAUUUGUUCUUGGCUGAUAACGAACCAGACUUCAGGGUGGUUUUGUUUGUAUGUAAACUGGACACAAACACAGCAAUGAAUUCUUUAUAAUGCCUUUCUACCCUUCCUCCCUGGAUGUGAAUUUGGAGACUAAUGUUUCUUGAAGUUAAGACUCAGAGUCGUUGACCAGGAAUACUGUGGUUGUGCAAACUGACUGUGAAGAGGAAGAUGCAUGGGCUGAGCCCACCUAUUGAAGCAGGAAACCUCCAGUUUGCAGAAGGUCUUGGAGAUGCUGUUCCUUUCCUACUGUGUGCAAAAACUACUUGGAAUCCUAAUUGUUUUGUGUGUCAGGGGCAGUGCUGUUUCAGUUUCUCCUUCCAGUAAAGUUGAGGGGUGGGACUGGGAAGUACUCAGUUGAAAAGAGGCAAAGAAAACUUCCCUCCUGAUCCCGCACCUAAGAGAAGGGGGUGUCUGCUGUCGGUAAUUCAGCAUAUGUGCAUUUGGGGCACAUGUAACAACACACACAGAGUAAAUCCUUUGUUGGCUAUGUAUUGGUGUUUAAUAUAGCGAAUGAUUGUCUUCCAUGUUUUUGUUUUUUUUUUAACUGUGUUAAAGUACUUGAAAUGUAUUGACUGCUGACUAUCUUUCAAAAACAAAACCAUUUGAAUUAUAUUACAGAGGUUGGCAUUGAUCCGGAAUGGGACAAAGUUUUCUUCAGUCUUUUUCAUACCACUUCAUGAUUUUGGUGCAAGAACCUACGAUUUUCUUCCUUAUAUUCUGUGAUAGGUCCCAUCUGCUCCCAUAACACGAGCAUGAAGCCCUGCUAGUACGAAGUGAUUGGAGACAGUUGGAAGACAGUGCUCUUCCCUGUCGGCAUAGCCCUGGGAGUGUGCAGGUCUCUUCACUGAGCUUCAGGGCAGCCUAAAAGGAAAACACCCUUUUGUGAUACAUGUGAAUCUGGAGACUUGCGUUUUGACCAGAGAUGUGGAUAUAUCUUAUUCCUGGUCCAUUUCAUUGUGUUCUGUGGAUACUCAUAAGAAUCCUGAAUUCUGUUUCCUAGGCAAAUAUUGCAACUCAGGGCUUAAGUCACCCAAUGAAUCCUUAGAGCCUGAAGUAACUUUGUCCCAGGCCUACAAUGUGCAACAAACGCAGACUUGCCUCCUUGCAGCCAUUUUCGUGGCUGGUACAUAUCCGUACACAUUAAUUUUCACAAUCAGUACGCACUUUCAGAUAUUCUUAUUUUUAUUCUCUUUAGUCUUUAUUAACUUUGGAGAAAUGAUGCAUCUUUUUAUUUUAAAUGAAGUAGAUCAACAUGGUGGAACAAAAUGAUAAAGAACAGAAAACAUUUCAAUAUAUUGCUAAUAAUUUUUCCAAUAUGAAACCUAAAAUUCCUAUAACAUAGUAUUUUACAGUUUUAUGAAGCUUUCUAUUGUGACUUUUAUGGAAUUAAGAGAUGAAGAAGAUGAGAUAUUUUAGCAUUUAUAUUUUUCAAAAUUAAAUGUAUACUUAAAAUAAAGUAACUUUAUGCA